AUGAAUGGACGUGUUCGUUCCCUAGAUUUAUUACAUCGUUCACCGACCGUAAGUUUUAAAAGUCAAUCAUAUCGUGUAACACGUAUGCUUAUUCUUGUAUCAACAUGUUUUCUUUUACUCAAUGCACCGGCGCAUAUAUGCACAAUAGGUUUAAAAAUUUAUACACUUAAACAAACAAUACUUGUUAAUGAUCCAAAUGAAAUAGGUACAAAUUUAAAUGAUAAUAUCAAACAAUAUAAUGAAACGUCAUCAACAUUGUCAAAUAAUAUUGAUUUUAGCAAUAUGACCAAAGAAACAUCAGAUCCAAUUGAUACGAUUAAUCAUUUAAAAUGGAUGGAAUUAUUUUAUAUUAUGACUGUUAUAACACAACAUAUAUCAUAUGCAUCAUAUUCAAUAAAUUUUUUUCUUUAUUCAUUUUGUGGAAUGAAAUUUCGUCGUGAACUUCUAAGAUGUAUGUUAACACAACGUCGACAGCUGCCAACAACUCGUUCAGUAACUCUAUGA